CUUCGACAGCAAUACGCCUAUGGCAGACUUACUGAACAUGGUGGAUGAUGAAGCUGACAACAUGUCACUUCACUUCAACGAGGAGGUGCGUGCAUUAUGGGGACGGAUAAUAUUUUCGGCUCAAUGUUUCCUGUAGGACUGGGAGCUCGCCAUGUUUUUCUAUGGAAAGUUCAUCCACGACAGAGAAACUCCAAAAGAGAUCUCAGAAGCUGAGCUUCUGCAAGCGUUGGAGGAAUAUUUGGCAGCUCAUCCGCCCAAUGAGGCCAGUUCUGGUGCAGAGGACCACCCCGAACCCUCCCAAGACGAUUCCACGGAGAUUGGCGCCCCAGAUAGUAUGCAAAAAUGUCACUGGAUGGAUGAGACCACACAUCGAAAGUGCUCUGAGCUCGUACCAGCAGGUCUUCGAUCGAUGCUCUCGCAUCUGAAUACGGUGCAUAAUGUUAAUGGUUCAGAGAAAACUAAAAUGGAGUGCAGGUGGGCUGUACUCCGCUCAGGCUACGAAUCCCCAUGCGGGGGAGAAUCCCAGCGUCGCAAUAUGCCUCGCCAUAUAGCCAAGCAUCUGGGGUUGCGCUGGCCAUGUGGGCAAUGCGACAAAGUCUUUGCCCGCUCAGAUCUUUUGAGGGAGCAUGAACAUAGUCAUCACUCGGUCUGAAACGCUAGUGCAGCAAAUGCUAAAUUGCACAGCUGGCGCGGGUUUUUAUCAUGUACGAAGCGCAUUGCCCCUAUAGCACACAUGUAAUGAGUGAAGCCAUUACCCAUAUGUAGUAACCAACGUAACGUUCUUCGUCGCUUGAAUUUAAUGACCCAAGCUACUUGUGAUUCCAAC